UGGACACAUUCCUAGCUCAAUGGUUAUGUUUAUAUGUCUGUAUUAUUUACGCUGCUCCCCCGAAGUAUUAUAACUCGUGAUGAUUAUGCAAUGUACUGCUGGAAGUGGCGACAGUAAAGUAAGGUAGCCCCAGAGGAGGUAUCUUAUGGUUUUAGCUAAAAUAUGUUACAUCCACAUACCUUUAUUUAGCGAAGUAAGAUAGUAUAGCGUUACAAAAACAGGAGGAACCAAACAAGAAAAGUACAUAAAAGGCAUCAUGGACCAGUCAUCAUACCGUUUGCUGCAGAUUCUGUCCUUGGCAUGUCUGGCCUGUAGACUCACUUCUAGUUCUUUCAAAAACUACGGAACAAUAAUCCCACAAUCUCCAACAGUGGAAAUUGGGAAGGAAUUCACCGCUACCUGUGUAGUCUAUGAAGCUGCUGAAGCCACAGCGGAUGACAUCUACUGGACGAGUGGUGGCGUCAUAGUGCCCAAAGAGCAGUACACCAAGAUCAAUGACUCGGCUGUUAACGUAACCAUUUCUAUCACCGGGGAAACUGGAACAUGGUUACUUUGUAAAAAGAAUGAGUCUCCCUCAUCCUUAAACGAAAGUAAAACAAUCCACGGGAUUGAAUUGACCAAAGGGUAUCCUCCUGAGAAGCCUGAGAAUUUGUCCUGCAUGGCUGUCCAGUCCGACCGACAGAUUUCCUCCAAUGUGACGUGCACAUGGCAGCCUGGGGAAAUGGACGAGAAGAUAAGCACAACAUUCACCUUGUUUGGAAGUGUAAUUGCCGAAAACCAGAACUACAGCACAAAAGCUCAGAGAAGCAGUGGAUGCAUCUACUUUGGCAACUUUCCAAACUAUAUGGAACUGGAUAUAUGGGUAGACGUGGAAAACAAUUUGGGGAAGGUUCGAUCGGACGUUCUGUUCAUAAUGGAUCCUAAUGAAAUAGUGAAAACGAAUCCCCCAUCAGACGUCAAUAUUAUUUCAGAGAAUAACUUUUCCAGGACCCUCUUAGUGAGCUGGAAGCACCCUAUCCAUGAAACUGUUGUCAAACUGAAAUACAACCUCAGGUUCUGCACUGUGGGCUCUGGAGACUGGACUGAGGUACCCCCAAAUGACACUGAAAGUAGCAAGGAGUCUUUCCGUCUCCAAUACCUUAAGCCAGACAUGGAGCACGUAGUGCAGGUCCGCUGUAUGCAUCACACGGGCUACGGCUACUGGAGUGACUGGAGCAUGAACUCUACCGCCAGGACCCCAGAGGACAAGCCUACAAGUAAACCAGACCUAUGGAGAGUGGUCAUUCCCAGUCAAGGCAAACGUGAGCGGCGAGUGGAAGUGAUAUGUAAGGAUCCAGUGGAGUCCAAUGGAAGGAUACGAGGCUACAACAUCAAGAUCCAAGAUGGAGCCUGGGAGGUUGUGCCGGUCAAUGGCUCUGAGCUGAACUCCAGGUCGCAGGAGAGGAAAAUUAUCCCCCUUUACCAGAUUCCACUGUCUGACAAGAGAAGAGGUUCCAUUGAAUUGAAGGCCUGGAAUUCUGUUGGCGAGUCUCCUCGAGCUUCUUUGGGCAUUCCUAAAUUGGCCCACGAGCCCCCUCCAGUGGCAUCGCUCAGUUGUUUUAACCAGGACAGGAGGCUGUGGGUGGAGUGGCAGCCGCCCAAUGUGGAGGCCACAGGGGUGACUGAGUAUGUCCUGGAGUGGGUUUCGGUCAGUGACGGCGCGAUUGACUGGCAGAGAGAACCUAGACACAACAGGAAGGCACCCAUUAAAGGUACCCUUCAGAGAUUUAAGCUCUACAAUAUAUCAGUGUAUCCAAUGUACUCUGGGUGGACUGGGAAACUAUUAACCACUGCAUGCUUUCUGGAACAAGGAGCUCCACUGGAGGGUCCCUCUGUGAAAGUGAGGAGAACAGGGAAGAGCAACGCUGAGGUGGAAUGGAUGGAGAUACCGCUGGACAAACGGCGAGGCUUCAUCACAAACUACACAAUAUUCUACAUCACGGGAGGCAAGGAACACUCAAUAGUUGUCUCCCCGGACACCUACUCUUACACAGUGGAUGGCCUGGCCAGCAACAGUAAGCAGGUGGUGCGGAUCAUGGCCUCUACAGUACAAGGCUCGACAAAUGGCUCGGACCUGUCGUUCAAUACCCUGAUGUAUGCUCCUGGGCAGAUGGAAGCCACCGUGGCGUCUGUGUGCAUCGGCGUCCUGUUUGUCAUAGUGCUAACUGUGUCCCUCUGCAUGUACAGAAUUGACUUGAUAAAAAAGAUCUGGCCACCGGUUCCAGAUCCCUCCAACAGUACUAUCGCUAACUGGUCGCCUGAUUUCCCCACCAAAGCUGUCAGUCCCAAGGAGAGUGUGCUGGGUGACGUGAGUGUGGUGGAGGUGGACGUAUUCGACAGGAAGUCGCUGUGCGAAGAGGAUAAGGCGGGCCUGCCGCUCAAGAAGGACAAGUACCUGUCGGAGGAGCACAGCAGCGGCAUUGGCGGCUCUUCUUGCAUGUCGACGCCACGCCAGAGCGUCUCGGACAGCGAGGAAGGCGGUGACUCGGGCCAAACCACGACCAGCACCGUCCAGUACUCGUCGGUGGUGGCCUCCAACGGCUACAAGGGCCAGUCCCCUUGUACUCUGCCCCAGUCCCCCUGCACUCUGCUCCAGACCCCCCAGUGCGGCUCCUCACAGUCCCAGACGCCCAGCUUCGCCCGCUCUGAGUCCACCCAACCCCUGCUGGACAGCGAAGAGAGCCAGGAGGGCAGUGGGCAGUCCCACCAACGGAACCCCUACUUCAGCCGUUCACCUGUGGCUAGCGAAAGCAGAGACCCGGGGGACAGGAACCAGCUGGAGAUGGAGGAGCAGGGGUUGGCUUCGCUCCGGUUCUGCCCUCUGGAGGAGGGGUCACAACAGACCACGCCCACAGAUGAGGAACAGUCCCCUGACGAACAGCCAGGCCCCGUUCCUAGCUAUAUGCCUCAGCUGAGGGGCCACAGGCAACCGUGUUAGGAGAGGAGAACAAAUGGUGACUUUAGUUCGAAGUUGUCUCACUUCAUUCAUUUAUCCCUCCUUUGUGCCUUGGUUCAUUUCAGACAUUCAUUUAUCCAGCCUCUGUGCCUUGGUUCAUUUCAGACAUUCAUUUAUCCAGCCUCUGUGCCUUGGUUCAUUUCAGACAUUCAUUUAUCCAGCCUUUGUGCCUUGGUUCAUUUCAGACAUUCAUUUAUCCAGCCUUUGUGCCUUGGUUCAUUUCAGACAUUCAUUUAUCCCUCCUCUGUGCCUUGGUUCAUUUCAGACAUUCAUUUAUCCCUCCUUUGUGCCUUGGUUCAUUUCAGACAUUCAUUUAUCCAGCCUUUGUGCCUUGGUUCAUUUCAGACAUUCAUUUAUCCAGCCUUUGUGCCUUGGUUCAUUUCAGACAUUCAUUUAUCCAGCCUCUGUGCCUUGGUUCAUUUCAGACAUUCCGUUCAAGAUUUCAAGUGAUGAAUUACGUCGGCGUAUUAUUUUUGCACCCAUGAACUUCCUACAGACAUCCGAACUGGCCUCAUUAAAUCUCUUUUUAAGUGGAUGACAGUUUGGCUCCAAGCCUUCAGCUUGUAUGUGGAGUUUUUGUUUUAACAUUCCAAGAAGCAAAUAGACCACUUUUUCAUGUUAUCAUCAUAGUGUAAUACAUGUGAUUCUGAGACGCUAUAUCUUAUAGUUAAGACUAGACGGGCAGUGUAUAACCUCUUUUCUCUUAGCAACCACCAUCUCAAUCAGUUCACAUGACAGACAGGAGUUUCUAGACACAGGUCAGGCAUUACUAAUCAAUGAUGAACAUCUGAUUUUCAUCCUUACAACACAUAUGCUGUACAUGAAUGUAAUUAACAGAUCUCGUCGGUCUCAAACAGCAAUGUCCCAGAGGAGCUAGGCACCAAACAGUAGAAGACAGGGAGGAGCUACAUGGACCUGUCCAAUAAGAAAUGCUCAUUUUCGCUAGUCGGUCCUAAUGAAGAUGACUGUGUUCCCAGGAUGGUAGAUUGAAUGGUAAAGUGUUCCAGUGUGGCAUAUUUUAUUUUUUCUUCAUAGUAACUAGGACCAUGUCUAUGGGCUGAAGUAAUGCCUCACAAUGAAAAGUUUACUCAAUUUAAAAGCCUCUUCAGUAGCUAGUGAGCUCUGUACUGUUUAUCAUUCGUUGUGUUAGCUUCACCUGUUGUCUGAAGAGCAUAGUCUAGAAGUGGGCGCUGAUCUCUACAAACUGGCCAAGUUGAAUUUAUAGUGCAUUUGGAAAGUACUCGGACCCUUUCUGCACAUUUUGCUAUGAGACUGAAAUUGAGUUCCGGCGCUUCCUGUUUCCUUUGAUCAUCCUUGAUGUUUCUACAACUUGAUUGGAGUCAACCUGUGGUAAAUUCAAUUUAUUGGACAUCAUUUGGAAAGGCGCGCACAGACACACCUGUCUAUAUAAUGUCCUGAAACAAAAUGUGGAAAAAGUCCAGGGGUCUGAAUCCUUUCCGAAUGCAGUGUAGAAUAGAAAAGAGGACUUAAAGGAAGCCAACAUGUGACACUAACCAAUACAACAGGACCCCUUGAAAUAUGCUACACUAGUCAGUAUAUGACUGGUGACAUGGUGUUAUUUCAGGUCGGGAAUCGGUAGAAAAACUGUUUGACAAAUGUAUAUUUGCCUUUUUACAAUGCCUUAAGAAUUUUUAUUCAAGGUCUACUUGACAUGCCGUUAUGAAUUCUGCUCCAAGUCAUCUUUAGACUUGAUCUGUUGCCAAAUACCUUAAUACCCAGGAAUUACAAAAUGUUUUUUGUUAAUUUCAAAAUUCUACGAAUUACUAUUUUUGUUUUUAAAUAAAAAAAAUGUAUUUUAAAUUGAUCCGUUAAUAAGGACAGUGUGACUUUUGGUUAAAUUUAACGAAAGGUAAAGCAGUGCUAUGCAAGUUCCCUGCCCAUCUGGUUCCAGGUCACAUUUAGAGAUUACUGGUACAGUAUUAUAUGUACUGAAAAGGAAGAUUGUGUAUUAUUUCUUACAGGUAUAUCUUUUUUAAAUGUUUUUUUUUUUAUAUGAAUUUGUCUUGUCAUGAAAAGAGUUUAAGAUGUGUUUGUUUAGAAUGUACAGAUCUCAACUGGACCUCCAAAUGAGUUUCUACAGCAAGGAGUAUGCUCAGAAAUUAAUGUACGUUUACCUACAUUUGAAUGUUGCUAGUUAUGAAAACAACUAUUCUGACAUCACUCAGUUAACACUACGUUUCCAUGUAUACAGAGAACAGCCUAGUAUUUCACUGCAUGCAACCAUAACAUGCACCCUUUUUGGAGCAGUAUGAAUAAGUAUGAAUAAAUUAGUUUAAAUGCC